GAUAUAAACCAAUAAGAAUGGUCAUACCCACAAGAGAACUAGAAGCAAGGAGAGCCUUUAGCACAUCCAUCCAUCCAUAUCCAUUUCAAUUUAUUCCUCACAUUUCCCCUUUCUUCCCUUUCAGACGGAAAACAAGAAAAAUCCAAAUGAUGAGGCGUCUUUGUCCCAACAUCGACCGAGACGACGGCCUCGAGACCAUUCUGGAGGUCCCAAUCCCCGAAGAAAUGUUCACCAGUAUGGGCAGCAACGUCACUCUCCGUUGGCAGAACAUGUCCACCUGGAUGAAAGCUCAAACCUCCGACAAAUGGUCUUCUCCUAUCAUCGCCAAUCGCUUCAACGAGCUACGAUUUCUCCUCUACCUCGUCGGAUCUCCUCUCAUUCCUCUUCAAGUCCAAUUAGGCCACUCUGUUCAUCGCCCUGUCAGAGAUUGCUCCAUUGAGGCUUCGACGGCGAAAUACAUCGUGCAACAGUAUAUAGCGGCGACGGGAGGACCGGCGGCGUUGAAUUCGGUGCAGAGUAUGUGUGUGACGGGGCAGGUGAAGAUUAAAGCGUCGGAUUUUCAUUUGUCGGAUGAGAGUAUCGAGGUGAAGAAGAGUACGGAAGAGAUCGGAGGGUUUGUGCUUUGGCAGAAGAAUCCGGAUCUAUGGUGUUUGGAGCUUGUGGUUUCUGGUUGUAAGGUUAUUUGUGGUUCUAAUGGAAAGCUUUCAUGGCGACAUUCUUCUAAUAAUCAACAUUCCCCCAUUUCUACCGGCCCUCCUAGGCCUUUACGCCGAUUUCUUCAGGGUUUGGAUCCAAGAGCAACAGCGAACCUAUUCAUAGACGCAAUGUGCAUCGGAGAAAAACUAAUCAACGACGAAGACUGCUUCAUUCUAAAGCUGGAAACAAGCCCCGCAAUUCGGGAAGCACAAAGCGGCCCUAAUUACGAGAUAAUCCACCACACAAUUUGGGGAUACUUCAGCCAACGCUCUGGUCUUCUCAUCCAAUUCGAGGACUCUAGGCUUCUACGGAUGCGAACCAAAAGCGACGAAGAUGUCUUCUGGGAGACCAGCACCGAGUCCUUUAUGGACACCUACCGCUACGUUGAUGGCGUCAACAUUGCCCACAGUGGCAAGACCAACGUCACCGUCUUCAGAUAUGGCGAACAAUCCGCUAACCACAAGAGGGAGAUGGAGGAGACUUGGAAGAUCGAAGAGGUCGAUUUCAAUGUCUGGGGCUUGACCAUGGAGAGCUUUCUUCCGCCUCCUGGCGCCGCCGUCUUGCAAUUGCAAGACGCUUCUUAAUCGCUCGGGAUUGCGAUUUCCAUUGCCAUGGCGAUUGCUUCCUCUGUAUAUACACAAAUUUAUCUCAAUUUUGAUUUUGCUUUCUGAGGACAUUUUCUUUUUUCGUUAUAGUUAAUAUCAUUCUUUUGGGGAUAUUCAAAUCCCCUCUAUUGAUCAAACUUGUUUAAAUUUCAUAUACAACACUUUUUUUUUCUUUCUUUU